CCCAGCUUCCUGUGUCCUUCCCACCCUCAGUCUCCUGUGCCUCCGGUUACCAGCAAUCUCAAGCAGAAUCCAGGAGCCCCCACUCUAGGAGCCAAGUGAGACCCAGCCCUGCUAACCUAAGACUACACUUCACACUGGUUCAGAGCUGUUUCUCCGCUCACGCCACUAUGAACCAGAAGACCACUCUGGUGCUCCUCGCUCUGGCUGUCAUCACCAUCUUUGCCUUGGUGUGUGUCUUGUUAGCCGGCAGGGGAGGAGAUGGGGGUGAAUCCAGCCAGCCUCUCCACUGCCCCUCUAUAACUCCCAGCGCCCAGCCUUGGACACACCCUGGCCAGAGCCAGCUCUUUGCAGACCUGAGCCCAGAGGAGCUGACGGCUGUGAUGCGCUUUCUGACCCAGCAGCUGGGGCCAGGCCUGGUGGAUGCCACCCAGGCCCAGCCCUCUGACAACUGCAUCUUCUCUGUGGAGCUGCAGCUGCCCCCCAAGGCCGCAGCCCUGGCCCACCUGGACGGAGGGAGCCCCCCACCUGCCCGGGAGGCGCUGGCCAUCGUCUUCUUUGGCAGACAAGCCCAGCCCAAUGUGAGCGAGCUGGUGGUGGGGCCGCUGCCACGCCCCUCCUACCUGCGGGAUGUGACUGUGGAGCGUCACGGGGGCCCCCUGCCCUACCACCGCCGCCCUGUGCUGCUCCGAGAGUACCUGGACAUAGACCAUAUGAUCUUCCACAGGCAGCUGCCCCAGGCCGCUGGCCUCCUCCACCACUGCUGCUUCUAUAAGCGCCAAGGACACAACCUGGUCACCAUGACCACGGCCCCCCGGGGCUUGCAGUCGGGGGACCGGGCCACCUGGUUUGGCCUCUAUUACAAUAUCUCAGGGUCUGGGAUUUUCCUGCACCCCGUGGGGCUGGAGCUGCUGGUGGACCACAAGGCUCUGGACCCUGCCCACUGGACCAUCCAGAAGGUGUUCUUUCAAGGCCGCUACUAUGAGAGCCUGGCCCAGCUGGAGGACCAGUUUGAGGCCGGCCUGGUGAACGUGGUGCUGAUCCCAGACAAUGGCACAGGUGGGUCCUGGUCCCUGAAGUCCCAGGUGCCACGGGGUCGGGCUCCCCCUCUGCAGUUUCAUCCCCAGGGCCCCCGCUUCAGUGUCCAGGGGAGUCAAGUGGCCUCCUCACUGUGGACUUUCUUCUUUGGCCUCAGAGCUUUUAGUGGCCCAAGGAUCUUUGACAUCCGCUUCCGGGGAGAACGGCUAGCUUAUGAGAUCAGUCUCCAGGAGGUCUUGACCGUCUAUGGUGGAAAUACCCCUGCAGCAAUGCUGACCCGCUAUCUCGAUGGUAGCUUUGGCAUGGGCAAGUACUCCACAUCCCUGACCCGUGGGGUGGACUGCCCCUACCUGGCCACCUACGUGGACUGGCACUUCCUGUUGGAGUCCCAAGUUCCCAAGACAAUUCAUGAUGCCUUUUGUGUGUUUGAACAGAACCAGGGCCUCCCCCUGAGGAGGCACCACUCCGAGUUCUACUCCCACUAUUUUGGGGGCCUUGUGGAGACAGUGCUGGUGGUCAGAUCUGUGUCUACCUUGCUCAAUUAUGACUACCUGUGGGAUGUGCUCUUCUACCCCAAUGGGGCCAUAGAAGUCAAAGUCCACGCCACAGGCUACAUCAGCUCAGCGUUCCUCUUUGGUGCUGCCCGAAGAUAUGGGAACCAAGUUGGGGAGCACACACUGGGCACCGUCCACACCCACAGUGCCCACUUCAAGGUGGAUCUGGAUGUAGGAGGACUGGAGAACUGGGUCUGGGCUGAGGACAUGGCCUUCGUCCCCAUGGCGGUACCGUGGAGCCCUCAGCACCAGAUGCAGAAGCUGGAGGUGACCCGGAAGCUGCUGGUGACAGAGGAGCAGGCUGCCUUCCCCUUGGGAGGUGCCACCCCUCGAUACUUAUACCUGGCCAGCAACCACAGCAACAAGUGGGGUCACCCACGGGGCUACCGCAUCCAGGUGUUCAGCUUUGCUGGGGAGCCACUGCCCCACAACAGCUCCAUGGAGAGAGCCUUCAGCUGGGGGAGGUACCAGCUGGCCGUGACCCAGCGGAAGGAGGAGGAGCCGAGCAGCACCAGCAUCUACAAUCAGAAUGACCCUUGGGUGCCCACCGUGGACUUCGCAGAUUUCAUCAACAAUGAGACCAUUGCUGGAGAGGACUUGGUGGCCUGGGUAACCGCUGGUUUCCUGCACAUUCCACAUUCAGAGGACAUUCCCAACACAGUGACCGUGGGGAACGGUGUGGGCUUCUUCCUGCGACCCUACAACUUCUUUGACCAGGACCCCUCCUUGGAUUCCACUGACUCCAUCUACUUCCAGGGUGAUCAGGAUGCUGGGGCCUGUGAGGUCAACCCCCUGGCUUGCCUCCCUGACACUGCGGCCUGUGCGCCUGACCUCCCUGCCUUCACUCAUCGGGGCUUCUCUCACAACUAGGUUGUCUCUGGGUGGGAAUGUGGCCGGAGGCCCCAGGGCCAGGGUGUGGGGGAGUGGGGCACAGGGCCAGACCACCUGGUCUUCUUUUUUCCCUCAUCCUGCAGUUUCCCUCCGCCCCCUUUUCCAGGGUCCUCUCUCCUUAUCCCCCUCCCUCACAUCCCUCUCCCUGCUGGCAGCAUCCUAAGACUGUGAUGCCAGACACAGGGGGGACUCAACUUUGUAGAUCACUGACGUUCUGGGUUCCCAUCACAGAACGGAAUGGCCAGCCGGAAGCCUGAAUGAUGGCCAGACUCUCUCUCUCUCUCUCUCUCUCUCUCUCUCUCUCUCUCUCUCUCUCUCUCUCUCUCUCGCUUUUCCAAAUCUCCCCAGGCCAUCCCCAGAUUUCUUCUGGGCUCCCCCAAGCCCUCCCCACUGGAGAGGUGGCUGGGGGCUCUGUCCUGGGAACAGUUCCCCUGAAGCCCCAGGUCAGGGUUCCCACCAGGCCUGCAUCUCUGAGGUCACAUUCACUGUCACCCAAACCUCCCGCUCCCCCUCCUCCUUCCCCUUACCUACUGCCUCCUCCCCUGUUGCUACCUGUUCUCAGAUCCUGGGUUUCCCCUCCAGUCCUCCAGGCAUGCUCCUCUGCCCCAUGACCCCCUCGCCCCCCCUUUCUCAAUUUUCUCUCUUCUCCCAGUCCUAAGCUUGUAGAAGUCUCCAGAAUGCAAAGGACAUUUAGUCUGAGAUGACAGCCCCAUCUGUUCCUCUGUGUUUGCAACAUAUUGGGAGUAAGCGGUGCCCUCAACCGGUGCUGGAGCAGAUGUGUGCCCCCACAGUUCUCUCUGCCCCUUUUAUACACUUGCCUUGAAUUCUCUGUGGGAAGAUGCUCAUCCAGACAGCAGCAGCUCAAGUUCACAUUUUAGGUGGUUUUGUGGGUGCAGUGGUAAUAAGGAGUCAUCAUUGUGUGCUGGGCUGUGUGUGACCAGUGGCCUCUGUACCACCCAGCAGCCAUGUGGGAGGCUGAGUGGACCCCAGAUGAGAAGCAGGAGGACCCAGGAACUCUGGUCUUUGGCCAAGGGCUAUCCAAUCACAUGGGGACAUGCAAUUGAGAGGUGGGGCCUCCCACCAGGCUGUCCUCCUGGGAUCUGGGUUGCUAUAAAUAGCAAGAGAAUGGCCACAGCAGAAAUGUCCCAUCCUGGAGGGGAAAUAAAUUCUGAUACAGCCUUGCAGUGCAAUACUGUAGAGCUAUGCAAACAAUGAUGUCUCUAAGCUCAUAGGGGAUAAUCUCUCAAUGAAAAAGGCAAGUCAGAGAGUGUUUAGUGCCUUCCCAUUUGUUUUCCAGAGGAGGGGAAUAUAAUACAGAUUUGCUUAUCUAUGCAUAUUCAGAAGAGGCAGGUAACACUGGUUGCCUUGGGAGGGGAAACGGAUGUUAGGGGGGUGGGGGAAGGGAACUUAAAACUGUAUAGACUUUUGUACAUAUUGAAUUUUGAACCAUGUGGCUAUAUUAUCAAUUCAAAACAAAGAAUAAAUGGCCCCAAACAGGUCUUGACUUUUGUUUU